AUGAGGCCAUCUUCCGAUGGAAUCGACACAGAGAAGCGGUCGGCAGGCUCUCUAAAAGUUGACGAUGUUGCGACUGCAAGCGAGGGGUCGCAUGAAAUGACACUUGCCGACAACGGCAAUGUUAUUGACGAUGGACUACAGCGUGGGCUGAAGAGCCGGCAUCUGCAAAUGAUCGCCUUCGGCGGUAUUGUUGGUGCCUCGAUAUGGUAUGGAACAGGCUCUGCUAUUGCAUAUAGUGGCCCCGUCGGCGCCUUGAUCAGCUUCAUCAUUAUCGGCGUGGACGUCUUCUUCGUGAUGCAGAGCCUAGGCGAGAUGUCCACGCUGUUUCCCGUGCAGGGCGCUUUCAUUGAACUAGCCGGCCGCUUCAUUGACCCAGCAUUCGGCUUCAGCCUCGGUUGGAACUACUGGUAUCAAUGGGUGACGAACAUUGCUAACGACUAUAAUAACAUCUCCCUGGUCCUAGGAUUCUGGGCGACGCCCGUUCCGUCUUAUGGGUGGAUUUUGAUCUUCUGGGCUUUGUUCCAGGCCACCUCCCUACUCGGGAUUGUUUUCUACGGCGAGAUGGAGUUCUGGCUGGCGGCGUGGAAGCUGUUUACUGUCCUCGGCGGAUUCCUAGUCGCUAUUUUGGUCAACACUGGGGCUAUAGGAGGAGAGUACAUUGGCUUCAGAUACUGGAGAGACCCGGGUGUCAUUGCCCAUGGGAUCAAUGGAUUCGGCAAAACCUUUGUUCUUGCAGCCGUUUACUACUCGGGAACAGAAAUGCUAGCCAUGACCGCGGCUGAGAGCAAAGACCCAAAGCGGGAUCUCCCAAGCGCUAUUCGACAAACCUUUUGGCGGAUUCUCAUCAUCUUCAUCGGCUUGGUAUUCUUUGCUGGCAUCAUAGUUCCCUAUAACAACUCAGACCUUCUCACCGCAACCAGCAAAGCAGCACUAUCUCCUUGGACUAUAGCAUUGGUGAAUGCGGGAUGGGGCGGCGCAGGAAAUCUGCUUAAUGUUGUGAUGAUUACAGCGCAGUUCAGCUCUGUGAACAGCGCUAUCUAUAUUGCCUCGAGAAGUCUAGUUGCUCUUGCACAGCAGGGACGUGCGCCACGGUUUUUCGCACACACGAGCAAAAACGGCGUUCCGGUCAGGGCUAUCGUGUUUUCUAACACUCUCGGACUUCUUGCUCUGCUAAAUGUCGCGUCGAGUCCUGGUAAAGUCUUCGGCUAUCUUAUCAGCAUUUCAGGGGCCGCAACAUUUGUAGCGUGGGCAUUCAUCGGAAUCACGCACUUGCGGAUCCGUAAAGCAUGGGCUCUCCAAGGGUACAGCGUCGACGAUUUACCUUACAAAGCUGUGUUUCAUCCCUAUGGCACCUGGUUUGUGGUGCUCCUGAAUAUCUUUCUCGUUUUUAUCUCGGGAUAUUCAGUCUUCAUUGCAGGAUUCGCAGCUGUGGAUUUUGUCUUCGAUUAUAUCGUGCUUGUUAUCUUCACUUUGCUAUACCUUUCCUGGAAAAUCUUUAAGAAAACUAAGAUUGUUUCCUUGGCUGAGGUUGAUCUUGUGACAGGAAGGCGAGAACAUUUGGGUACCGGCCUGACUAAUUCAGAUGGUGGGGGUGCUAGCAAGAAAAUGAGGUUGCCGUGGUACAUCGUCAUCAAGAGAUUAUUGACCGGUUAG